AUGGUAUCGGACCUGAAAGAAUACGUCUCGUAUGAAGUCGGUAAAUUAAGAAGAAAUAUGGUAAAUGAUUUGGUUGUUCACUUGAAGGAAGAAAACGAUUUUUUAAAAAACGAGAUAAAAGAAUCUCAAAGUUUGUUGAGGGACGUUUUGUUACAAGACAUAAACAUAAAUAAUUAUGAAAAAAUUAAAAACAAAUCAGAAACCAAUGAUUGGAACGAAGUAAAGAAAGGUCCCUCGGGAAAAAUAGAGAAACGAUAUAAUAAUAGAUUCAGUCUUUCAAAUCGGUUUAGUACACUUCAGAACGAACAAAACAACAAUAAUCACUAUGACGCACAACCACUUACGAAUAAUCAAAGUUACGCACCACCACAACCAAAUAAAUCUAUAAGAAGACCAAAUCCCGUUAUUAACCUUUCUCCAGAAAGAGAUCUUUUACAACAUAACAUCAAAUCAUCUGAAACCCGUAAAAAUAAAAAGAAGAUUAGAAUUAUCAGUGAUAGCAUCGCAAAAGGCAUAAAUACUCGAGAAUUCAAUAAUCAUUUGAGAAACGGUGAUGCAAGAUUUAAAGUUUUUCCUGGUUCAAAUAUUAAAAAUUUGGGUCAUUACUCUCUACCAACCUUAGUAGAUGAGAAUCCAGAAAUAGUAGUUGUGCAUGUUGGAAUAAACGACUUGCUGGAUAUAAAGAGAAAUAAAUCAUCAGUUAAUGAAAUUGCAGAAAAAAUAAUCAAACUAUCACGCGUAUACAUCGAUCAUGGCGUCGAAAAAGUUUUUAUUUCAAGUGUUAUUAUCUGUACUCGUAUUGAUUUUGAGUUUAUCAAAUCGUUAAAUCAUAUACUUGAGAACGAGGCAAAGAAAUAUGGCUAUAUUUUUAUCGACAAUAGUAAUAUUAUGGAAUCUAAUUUAUGGAAAGAUGGAUUACAUCUAAUGGAAAGUGAUAGUACUUUUCCAAAUAGUCAAUUUACUAUUGAUGAUUAUGAAUUAAGAUCUAGAAAAGAUCGGGAUAAAAAUGGGGGUGGGCUAAUUGAAAGUAACAGAAAGUUUGAUAAGAGAAAGUUUCUUUCUGAUGUUAGGAAUACACGUUUUGAUUUUAAUGAAAAUGACCCUGCUUCAAAUUACGACCACUUGACAAAAACGUUUAGUUCUAUUAUUGAAAAGCAUGCCCCGUUAAAACAGAAACUGCUCAGGGGAAAUGAAGCACCUUUUAUGAAUAAAGAACUUAGGCAAGCCAUUUAUACCAGGUCAAGAUUUAAAAACCGAUACAAUAAAGAUCCUACUGAAGAAAACAAGAUUAACUAUAAAAAACAACGAAAUAAGGCAUUAAUUUCAAAUCCAUAUGCCUCAAGUUUAGCGAUUAGUAAAUCAUGUGGCACACAAUCGAAUGCUUUUGAUAGAUCCAUUAAGACUGCACCAACCACGUAA